AGACUUGAGAGAUGGGUAGUGUAUGUGCGCCAUUCAGAGGGUGAACGGGCAAGACAAAAUAUUGAAGUGCCUUUUGAACGGAGUAUGGUAGUAGGUGCCUGGUGCACCGAUUUGUGUCAAGAACUGCAAAGCUACUGGGUUUUUCCUCACUCAACGGUUUCCUGUGUGUAUCAAGAAUGGUCCACCACCCAAAGGACAUCCAGCCAACUGGUCACAACUGUGGGAAGCACUGGAGUCCACAUGGGAGUCAGCAUCCCUGAGGAGGAGUUUAACUGGUUGCUGAAAGAGGAGGUCCAUGCUGUUUUGAAGCAGCUCCAGGAUAUACUGAAGGAGGCAUCCAGGAGAUUCUCCAUUCCUACCCCAGGACUGGAGAACCAACUGAAACAGGAGAACUUCAUCCUGGGCAGCUCAACCAUGGACCAGGUGAAAGGAGUACUGACUCUACAGGGAGAAGCCCUGACUCAAGCUGACAUCAAUCUGAAAACUGCUAAAAGCAACCAAGUGAUGCAUUUCACAUUCAGGGAUGAUAAGCACUGGAAAUUACAACAGAUCCAGGAUGCUAGGAACCAUGUGAACCAGGCUCUGCAGCUGCUGAGUGGUAGAGAUGAGAGCUACCACUUUAAGACUGGGGCCGAGGUCAACAAGCUGAUGGACGCGGUGAUGCUCCAGCUGACCAGGGCUCGUAACCGCCUCACCACUCCGGCAGCCAUGACCCUGCCGGAGCUGGCCACCAGCGGCCUCAUGAAAAUGUUCACUCCUCCAAUGCCAGGCGAUGUGAUGGUGAACUUCUAUAUCAACCUGAGUAAGCUGUGUCUGACUGUCUACCAGCUGCACGCAAUGCAGCCCAACACUACCAAGAACUUCAAGCCAUCUGGAAGCUCUGUGUUACACAACCCCGGAGCCAUGUUCGAGCUGAACAAUGCUAAGUUUGAGGUGAGCCAGGUUCACAAGGUGGAGUGCGUUGUCCCCUGGCUCAACAACACCCUGAUCUUCUUCACCAUCUCACUACAGCUCUGUCAGCAGCUCAAGGACAAGAUUUCUGUCUUCUCUAGUUUCUGGAACUACCGACCGUUCUAACCUCCUGCAGCUAGCUGACCGUCAGAAUGCCUAGGAGUUCUAAACAUCCUGCAGCUAGCUGACCGUCAGAAUGCCUAGGGGUUCUAACCUCCUGCAGCUAGCUGACCGUCAGAAUGCCUAG